AUGGAAGAAUCAGCCAAAAAUCUGGAGCUAAUUGAUCAGGCAAUCAAGAAGCUGUUAGCAGAGAAAAGAAACAAAGGAACCUCUGGUGGUGGUGGUCUGCUCCAGGAUGAUCAUGAUCAGCUUCUCCUAUCCAAAUUGCUUUCUGAGUUGGAAUCACUAAAAGGGGAUGAUGCCAAAUUCGGGCAAUCUGAAUUAUCAUCUGGAAGGGAGAAGGAGGUGGUAAAUUCUCCUGCAAUUGGUGAAGUGGUGUCAAAACAUGAGAAACAUGGUCAUGUGGAUGGUGGAAGCAGUGAAAAUGCUGCCGCUGAAGAGAUAGUGAAAGAGCUUGGAAAAGUGAAGAGGCAGAAUUUUGUUACUCAUUGCCUUCUUUCAGCGAUGAUUGUCCUCACUGUUGCCUGGCAGGUGUCUGAGGUGUCCCUCAUUUUGCAAGUUAAAGAAAGGUUGAGCCACCCAUUUAAAUCCUUUGGAAGCAUGUUAACUGGGAUUUUUAAACGUCCCAAGGCCAAUGAUCAAGAUUCAGAAAAACAGCAGUCAGAAGUGGUUCCCAUCAAUGCUCCUCUUAAAAUGCCAGAGCUUCCUCAUAUCGAUUUAGGUUCUAAUGGUGAAAAUAACUCAUGA